AUGCCUGUGUCGACACUCCAUCCUGGCGUGCUUGCUUCGGACUCUGGAGGCAGGGCGAGCCCACCGCCGCAACCGCCGCAGCACGCGCGGUCACGGGUAGUGGCGCACAACUUGGGUGAGGACGGCUGCGCAGGUGAAGGUACCACCUCCGCCACUGCCGGUGUGUCCAAGCGCCGCCACCGGUCCUUCAAGGAUGCGAUGGAGGUUGUCGUGAGGAUGACGGGGCGGCGGCCGAACAGGUGCCCAGACGGCUUCGAGACGACAAAGCGCUUUAUUGACCGGCUCGGGUUUGCCCCCAUACUCGAGCGGAUUCGCUUUGUCCACGUUGCCGGCACGAAGGGCAAGGGGACCACCUCCGCGUACACUGCUGCCCUUCUGCAGGCGUAUGGUUUCAAGGUGGGCCUCUUCACCUCCCCUCACCUCACAGACUUGCGUGAGCGGACGGUGGUAGACGGCCGGCUGCUGGACGAGAACACAUACGCGCAGUAUUUCUUCGAGUUCCUGGACAAGUACGAGGCGCUACAGUACUCAGACAGCCAACUGGACCGCGACAUCGCCUCACCGUCGCGAGCAAACUUCUUUCGCUUUAUCUUUCUCCUUUCCUUGUAUAUCUUCGAGCAGGAGGGCGUAGAGGUGGCGGUAAUGGAGGCGGGCAUCGGCGGCCGGAUCGACUCUACCAACACAAUCCCGUCCGAGGUAAGCAUCAUCACGUCCCUCGGCUACGACCACAUGGAAAUCUUGGGCAAUACCAUCCAGGAGAUCGCUUCGGAGAAGGCUGGCAUCAUGAAGCCAGGCGUGGUCUGCUUUGCGGCACCACAGGUGGACCAUCCAGAGACGCGCCCAGUACUGGAGAAGCACGCUCGAAAAAUUGGCACGCCGCUUGUGCUGCUGGAUCGGAACAUGCUGCCGAUUCACAGCUGGCCGAAGCUCGCUAUCGGUGGCGUACAUGCCAUAGAGGACAGCAAGCUGGCGCUGAUGGCGGCGCGACGUAUUGCGAACAUUCCCCCCAUCUUGCCACUGGACGAGGUGGAGAAGAGCGUGCUGCAGUCCAUGACCUACGCCGGCCGGUCACAGAUCGCUGCGGUCGACGAUGGCGCAAACAUCACCUUCUACCUCGACGGUGCGCACACCGUUGAGAGUAUCUCCAGUGCUACGCAGUGGUUCCUGGACGUCAGCGCCGCCCACACCAGGGACCCGGCGCCGCGCCGCGUGCUUGUCUUCUACACCUCUCGCGAUCCGAAGCGUGUUCUCAAAGCCUUCAUGCCUUACGUGCCCCACUUCUGCAAGGUGAUCAUUGCACAGGUGUCGAACCCGCGCAUGACGUCGCACUCGGCCGACCCCAGUGAUGCGGACGGAAGGGUGAGUGAGCUGAGGGAAAAGAUGGUGGCCACGACCGAACACUGGCGCAACAUGUACCGUGAGGUGACUUGCCUCCCUUGUGCCCGCUCCUUCUCCGCGCUGGAGGACAUCCUUGACCUCGUUCUGCCGGCCGCCAGCGAUAACGAGGACGCCUCAAAGCCGGCGCAGGUGUUCGUGUGCGGCUCCUUCUUUCUGGUUGGUGACGUUAUGAGGCUGCUCAAGGUGUACGAGGCAGGUGGUCGCCGCCCCGAGUAG